UUGAUAUACAUGCCCAUAGCAAGUCCACACCAUAAUUCCACUGCCAUGGCUGGAGCUGGACCACUAUAAGCAAGCCAAGCAUUGCUGCUGCGAUCCUACCAAAACAUUUCUACUUUCAGCUCCUCUUUGUUUACCAAAGCGAAGCAGUGAAAAAUCUGCAAAUUAGGCAGGGAGGUGAGGACCCCAAAUCCAUGCCAAAUCAGGUCGAGUCACCCGUAGUGGCGUCCAACCGAAACCAAAAACCUCCCCUUCUCGUCAUUUAUUUCACUCUCUUUAUAAUCCCCCUCUUACUCGCUCACUCCCUCCUCAGCUAGCUCGCUUGCUUCGAGCCUAGCUGUCCAGCUUAGCUACCGGUCCCGCCUCUACCUCGACGUCCAGGUCCAACGCAGCGCACGGCAGCGCGGGGGGCAAGGAAAGGAAAGGACAAUGCCGUCGUCGGGGAUCGGCGCGGUGGACGCGGCGGCGAAGGGGAUGAAGCUGGAGCGGUACGCGAGCGGGGGCGCGCUGCUGCUGCGGCGCGCGGCGAGCGGCAAGAUCGUGGCGGCGUCUUCGCACCUGCUCUUCCGCGCCACCGUGCUCGCCACGCUCGCUCUCGUCUUCCUCUUCACGCUGCACUACCCGUCGCUCCUGUCGCGCUCCUUCCACCUUUCCGCGGGCGCCGCCGAUGGCGGCUCGGGGGGCGCGCACUCCGCGGCCUCGCACCGCAGCCUGCUCGUGUCCUCGGCGUCGGCGUCCUAUGGAGGCCCCGCGUGGGAGAAGGAGAUGCGGCGGAGCGCCAGGCCGAGCCGGGACGGGGGCAUCUCCGUGCUGGUCACGGGUGCGGCCGGGUUCGUCGGCAUGCACUGCUCGCUCGCGCUCAAGGCACGCGGGGACGGCGUUCUCGGGCUCGAUAACUUCAACUCCUACUACGACCCAUCCCUGAAGCGCGCGCGACAGAAGCUCCUAGCCAGCCGCGGCGUUGCCGUGCUCGACGCCGACAUCAACGACGGCCUGCUGCUCGAGAAGCUGUUCGACGUGGCGGCGUUCACGCACGUGCUGCACCUUGCGGCGCAGGCGGGCGUGCGGUACGCGAUGGAGGCGCCGCAGACGUACGUGGCCUCCAACGUGGCCGGGCUCGUCAGCGUGCUCGAGGUGGCGGCCAAGCACGCUGACCCGCAGCCGGCGAUCGUCUGGGCGUCGUCGUCGUCGGUGUACGGGCUCAACACUGACGCGCCCUUCUCCGAGGAGCACCGCACCGACCGACCGGCGUCGCUGUACGCGGCCACCAAGAAGGCCGGCGAGGCCAUCGCGCACGCCUACAACCAUAUCUACGGGCUCUCCAUCACUGGCCUUCGAUUCUUUACCGUCUACGGGCCCUGGGGCCGCCCCGACAUGGCCUACUUCUUCUUCGCCCGCAGCAUCGUCGCCGGCGAGCCCAUCACGCUCUUCCGCGCCGCCGACGGCGCCGACGCGCGCCGCGACUUCACCUACAUCGACGACGUCGUCAAGGGCUGCCUCGGCGCGCUCGACACCACCGGCAAGAGCACGGGCUCCAAGUCCGGCAAGAAGAGCGGGCCCGCGCCGCUCCGCGUUUACAACCUCGGCAACACCUCCCCCGUGCCCGUCACGCGGAUGGUCGCCAUCCUCGAGAAGCUGCUCGGCAAGAAGGCCAACAAGCGCGUCGUCACCAUGCCCAGCAACGGCGACGUGCCCUUCACCCACGCCAACGUCAGCCACGCCGCGCACGACUUCGGCUACCGCCCCACCACCUCGCUCGAGGCCGGCCUCCGGCACUUCGUCGACUGGUUCGUGAACUACUACAAACUCGACACCAAGAUCGCCAAGGGCGCCCGCGGCGCCGACAAGCCCGCGAAGAAGAAGAAGGCCGCGGCCAUGUCGGCGUCGUCGUGAUCGAUCAAGCACAGCACAGCACACAGAGCACCACCACAACACCAAGUCACCAAGUGUGUAUUCUCUAGCUAGUUCUUGGCUUUUGUCUGUAACCUUGUAAGUGCCUAUUGUUUAAGCCCUUGCUACUUGCUUCUUCUUCUUCUAAUCCUCCUUAUGCUGAUAGUGAUUAGUAGGAAGGGAAGGGAAUAAUGAUGCAAAUAACUGUUGCAUACUGGUACAUAAAGGUUGGGGGUAUAGGUGAUGAUAAGAUCAAACAGAGGAGCCAGGACAGAUGAAAGAUGAAGUCACUGGCUCCCACUCAAUCAAAUUGUUCUCUUGCAUUACGUCACUUGUUUUGUUCUUGUUCAUCUGGUGAUCAGAACCAUGCAGUCAAGAUUCUAUGGUGGAAUUGGAGUAUGCAAAAGCAACACCCACACCACAAACCCUCAAAACUUGCAGUUCUACUUGUAUACUGUUUUCUGAAUUCUGAAUCACAAUCCUAUCCAAAACAAACCUGUACAAAUUCAGGCCCUGCUGCUACAUUUUGGUCUGGUUCUUCAGGCUAUAAGGUGUGUUUGGUUCCAGGACAAGAUUUUGUAAAGCUGUAUUAUAUAAGUAAUCUGAAU